AUGUGGGGAAAAUCGAAUAUCAUAGAAUCAUCCGGCUGUGCUGGGAAAUCAAUGGUGGGAUGCAUUUAAACAGAACUCCUGAAGCUGCGAGACCGGCGCACGACAUGGCCUCCACCUUUCAUAUAGCACGAGAUUCAAGAAGCGCGCAGGAAACAGAAGCACAUUCAAGCAGCGAAUCAUCGGACGCUGAGAUUGCAGAAAAGGAGCGGGGUGCGGAUCACCGGGGCGACAGCGGAAGAGGCGAAGAUGCCAAGGUGAAGAAACAGCGGAGACAGCGGACGCAUUUCACCAGUCAGCAGCUGCAGGAACUCGAGGGAACUUUCCAGCGGAACCGUUAUCCAGACAUGAGCACACGAGAAGAAAUCGCUGUAUGGACAAACCUCACGGAGGCCAGGGUUCGGGUGUGGUUUAAAAAUCGCAGAGCGAAAUGGAGGAAGCGCGAGCGUAACCAGAUGGAGCUGUGCAAGGGCAGCUACCUGCCCCAGUUCGGCGGCCUGAUGCAGCCCUACGACGACGUGUACCCGUCCUACACCUACGGCAACUGGACCAGCAAGGCCCUGCCCCCGGCACCGCUCUCCGCCAAGAACUUCCCAUUCUUCAACAGCAUGAGCCCGCUGGCCUCCCAGCCCAUGUUCCCCUCUCCAGCCUCCCUGUCUCCCAUGGCCAUGCCCUCUGGCAUGGGACACUCCGCGGUGUCCGCCGUGCCCGCGCCGGGCCUCAACAACGCCAGCAGCCCUUCCAUCAGUUCGUCCAUGCCCUCCCCCGCUUGCCAUUAUGGCCCCUCCGGCUCACCGUACGGUGUUUACAGGGACGCUACUCUGAGACUCAAAGGCAAGCAGCACCCAGCGUUUGGAUACAGCUCUAGUCUGAGCGCCUGUCAGUUCAACAGCUGA